GUCUCUCACCCACUAAUUUCUCAUAUCACAAACUUGACCAGUCCUCCACUCUCUAAAAAGAUUAAAAAAAAUGAUGAAGGGGUCAACAGAAAUUGAUAUGCCAGAGUCAAGCUCUGUUUCUAAAGGAAAAGCACCUCUCAUAGCUGCUCCCAUGAAUGAAAACGGAGGAUACAAGAAGGGAAUCGCCAUAUUCGACUUGAUUCUUAGGCUGGCUGCUAUAGUGACUGCUCUAGCAGCUGCCGCUUCCAUGGGGACUAGUGAUGAAACUCUUCCAUUCUUCACUCAAUCCUUCCAGUUCCAAGCUAGCUAUGAUGAUCUUCCCACUUUUCAGUUUUUCGUCAUUGCAAUGGCAAUAGUUGGUGGCUACCUUGUCCUUUCACUUCCAUUCUCCAUUGUGGCUAUUGUCCGCCCGCAUGCUGCUGGACCAAGGCUCCUGCUCAUUAUUUUGGACACUGUGGCACUGUCUCUAAACACUGCUGCUGGUGCUGCAGCCGCUGCCAUAGUCUACUUGGCCCACAAUGGCAACUCGAGCACAAAUUGGCUUGCUAUCUGCCUACAGUAUGGUGAUUUCUGCCGGAAAAAUAGUGGAGCUGUGGUGGCAUCGUUCAUCACCGUUGUCAUCUUCGUGUUUUUGCUUGUGCUGUCAGCUUUCGCUCUGCGAAGGCAUUAAGAGAAGAAAGAGCAGAGCUUGUUUGGUGUUCAUAUUGUUAAUUUAUUAUCAUUGUCAACGUUGUUAUUGUGUAAUCAUGAGAUUAAUCAUUUGU